AUGCCCAAAUUUGCAAAGUAUUUGAAAGAUUUGCUGACAAAGAAGAGGUCUGUGAAGCAUGACGUUGUGAGUGUGACUCACUGUGUUAGCUCUAUUAUAUCCACCACCAAUGUUCAAAAGAAGGAGGAUCUAGGGGCCUUUACUAUUCCAUGUUCUAUAGGUCAGCAUGAUUUUGCUUGCUCUUUAUGUGAUAACGGGGAUAGCAUAAAACUCAUGUCUCUUGCUAUCUAUGAGCAAUUGGGUUUGGGAAUUGUUAGACCUAAUAAUAUGCUAUUGCAGAUGGUUGAUAGAUCUAUCAAAAAGACAGUUGGAGUUGUAGAUAAUGUGCUUGUUAGGGUUGGUGAAUUCUUUUUGCCUGCUGAUUUUUUCAUCCUCGAUUUUACUAUUUAUAAGGAUAUUCCUAUUAUCUUGGGAAGACAUUUCCUUGCUACGGGAAAGACUCUUAUGGACUUUGAAAAGAAUGAAAUCCAAUUCUGA